UAGAAGCAGAGGCAGCAUGUCUUGAUAUGGAAGAGCAUGCUUUGGAUAAUGUUUAUAACCCCUGCAGUCCUAAUGAUUUUUUAUUCCUGGCUAUCCAGGAUUUUUCCUCUGCUGAGGGAACAUCAGUUGGUUCAGGUGCAGCACCAUGUGAAUGCAGCUAUGCACCUUCCAGUUUAACUGGUAGCAUGGACAGAGCAAUGCAGUGUGUUUGCAUGUGCUGUGGCUGGGCAUGGUAGGUCCGGGAUGUGCUCAGUCUGUGUGAACUGACAUCUUGACUGCCCGCUUCAGAAGAAUGAAGCACUGCUCAAAGAGAACCAUGCAGAAAAAUAAAGUUAAUUAAGCUGCUUCUAUAAAAGCAGCCAGACAGAAGCUUGAGGGAUGAGUAGAGAGAAUAUUUGCUCCAUUUUUUUUCGGAGCUCUCUACGGCAAUUGGUUUUAAAGUGGCAAAAACAAGUUGUUUCCCCAAGACUAAUAAUAGGCAGUUUCUUUUCUGUUAAUAGCAUGAAAGCAUCAGGGAUAUAAUGCUAACUUGACUGUUUUGCUUGCAUCUAUUAGUUGAGAAGCUCAGAAAUGUUUUCCAAUAUACCCCUAGACUUUGGUGGAUGCCCCUGUGAAGCAUCCAUGGCUGCUUAAAUGUGCACAAGUGCAGCUGAUUUCUUUGGAAGGGGUUGUGACCUCCCCUGGGCAACCUGCAGUGGUGAGCCCCAAGUCACAAAUGCAGAUGAUGAGGUAAAAAACUGGAAUUUCUUGCUUAAUUUUAGUAUGUUAAAAGCAAAACUAAUGCUUAAUAGCUUGAAUUUAAAAUGAAAGCAAGAGUAGGUUCUUGACGGCUAGGAUAGGUUUGCCGGUAACCUUAUUACACUGGGUGUGUGCUUCAACUGGGGCUUCCAUUUUCAAAAGUGAGAGGCUGAUUUCUGUUGCAUCUGCUCAAUGCUAAUUUUUAACUAAAUAUAACCUUUCCAAUUAGCAUCUUUUUCACUAACCAGAGAUGCACUCUGUAUGUGUGAAUAUUUCUAUAGCUUACAAUGCAUUUACUCAGAUUCUGAAUUUAACCCUUUUUUUCUCCAGUGACUGACACAUUUCUUGUUUCCCAGAUAAUCAGUUUUUUACUCCUGAUUUGUGUCAGCUGUUCUUGGAUGGAAAUUUGAAUUCAGGUACAACAUAUUUAGUUAAAAUGAAGUACUGUAAAUGUGCUAGAGCCAUAAGAAAAAAUAUAUUUCAAAAACAUAUUUUGCAUUUAAAACAAACUGAUUUAUACAACAAAGUAAUUACUAACUGUAGUUAGUGAAUUCAGCUGGCUGGUUCUGCUUGACCAUGCUCUUCAAGAUUUUAGAGCUGCCUAGAUUCACCCUUGCUUGCCUUAUUUUUAUUGAUAAAUCAGAAGAAAUCUCAUUUUCCUGCAUGUCUAAUGGUUUUGCAGCUUUGAAUAGUUUUGGUAACUAAACUAGAUGAACAGCUGAGUGAAGAAACAUGCUUUGCACCUGAAAAUCAGAUUACUGCUCUUCACAAGCACAUCAGCUAUUUUUUUUCCUAAGUGCCUAGCCAGUAGCUUCUUCCUGUCUGAUGCUGGUUUUUAAUUUGGCAUCAUAUAUACACUACUUAACUGUACUAAGUGUAUUUCAAUAGUCUAUAUUAAAUUGAAACCCUAAUACAGGUAGUCACUAUUUCAAAUUUAAUUUUAAGGAGGUUCAUGCUUUAUAGAGAAAAUCUUUUUUUUUUUUUUAAUCUAUAUUUAUCCACUUUGCCUGAUGUCCACAUUGAUCUAUGGGUGUUAACUUGGAUAAAAAUAGUUGUAUCUGGUGACUCAUUAUUUAUACUGGGCUUUAAUGUAGAUGCCCCAUAGCAGAAAGGGUAAGAUCUGUGCCUGUGAUGCACUGAACAUCUAUUUCUGUGUGGUAGCAGGACCUUGCGGGAUGAGUUUUCAACAUAUACAAAACAUAGGUCUAAAUUCUGGGCACAGGAGGCUGUGGACACUUCCUUGAUGAAUAGAUGAGUGUAGGAAGCAUUCAUGCAAGUGGGGUGGGACAGAUGAUGAGAGGCAAAUAUAGCAGACAGCAAGAGGCAUGAUGGAAAGCUGAAUGACAAAGAGAGGAAGGGGAACAGCAAGGCAAGAGGUUAGGACUGAGCACAGGGGGAAGAAGGGAAGGAGUUCAGAGGGUACGUGGUUGAAAAUUAAGUGUUGCUAUGUGAGCAUUAAUAAUAUUUCGGUCCAUUUUUAGGCUGUUGUGAAACAAGGCUUCCUGUCCUUUGUGGCCAUGAGAGAUCUGUGCCCUGACAGAUCUGUGCCUAGCCAGACCCAUCUUCCAUCUCACAAGGCUCAGAAAAAAAGCAGCAGGAACAGGAUGGAGGAAAAGCAGCAGGUCCGAAGCCUAAGAAAGAUGUCGAUAGUUAAUCAACAUAAAGGGGAAGUUGUAGGAGUGGCUAGGAUGCGCCUGUAUAAAACCAAACUCUGCCCGACACAGGCUAAUCUUUCCCGUCACAUGCUGACUGAGAAUGAGCUUCACUGAGUACUGCCGCGCGCCAGUUGUGGCCAGCUAAGGGCUACAGGGACCCCCUGACUAAAGGAGGAAGGAGCCCAUGGAAUGCGAGAGCUCUAAGAGAAUGCUGCGCGUGCCCAAGGCUGAAGGGAUGCUGGCUAGGACCCCAUCAAAGAAGUGGAUCUGGCUUGGGCUCUUUGUGUUUCACCAGUUUAGUCUCGGCUUUGCUCACAAGACACAGGUAGCCAUCGCCAAAAUGGGAGAAGAAGUAACCCUACCCUGCUGCUAUGAAACACCCAGUGAAGACACCCCAAGUAACUACCGUGUCUACUGGCAAAAGAAUGUCACAGAAGUAGUGAUCGCUUAUUCGUUUGGGACUUGGCUCCCAAAUCCCCUUAACCGUUCCAGUCUGAACCAAAGAACCUUUGCUCUGUCAAUCACCCAAGUGGAAAUUUCAGAUGCAGGAAGCUAUGCGUGCAUAGUUCAACGUGCAGGAUCUGUCAAGCUCUGCGACCAGACUGUGACUCUUUCAGUUAUAGCUGAGUUCAGCCAGCCAGCUAUAUCACUCAAAAAGCCAUCAGAUUGUGAAUCAAGUGAGGUGGUGGUGAGCUGCUCUUCUUAUGGGGGCUUUCCAAAGCCCAAAGUCUCUGGAUUCUUCAAUAACGUGUCCGUGGAUUGGAACACCAGCUUAACAUCUGAUGCCAAAACCAGCCUCUAUAAUGUUACUGGCAUGGCACGGUUCAAUGUGACUGAAAAUAUGAAUCUCACGUGUUCCAUUGAGUACAGUGACAGGACCGUAUCUGGAGAAUACCCUCUGACAAAACCAGACAACUGUGAAUCAUUUAAGGAGGAACCAUCAUCUCAUGAUGUUAUUAUUGCUUCAAUUACAGUCCUAUGUAUUUUCUUUGUGGCCAUUAUUUUGCUGGUGAGGUACUUCAGAUGUCCUGCCUGUGAACAUGUGCGGAGUUCUUACAAUGGUACUAGUCAGCCAACAGCAACAGAAGAUGAAACCAAAAUGAGCACAAAGACAACAAUGUUCCAGUUCUGCACAAUGACAUCUGAAACAUCUUCCUUCUGAUGAGACCACAUUAGCAGGUCUCUUAUCCUCGGUGCCCUGCACUGCAUUCUCAUUGUCCUCCAUGACUGGUGCUUAUUCCAUAGAUCCUUUGACUCUUCAAGAGGAGGACAGAGUAGAAGGUAAAAUCUACUCAAAUGGACGGGGAAGAUGUCUUUUGUGAAUAAAAAGCCCCCUACAGGAGCAAUAGGAGGGUAACACGCCAGGACCCUGCCUCUGCAACCCCACCCUGAGGAAAGCUCUGUUUCCUUGGUGAGCCGCAAGAAGAAACUUCAGCAGCAUCCUGAUGCUCCAAAAUGCCACCUGCUUCCUCAUAGCUUGGGAUGCUUGGCUUUGCUGCCUCUGGGGUUAAGGUGAGGACGGAGGUUUGCCACAUCAACCUCACUCCUUUAGUGAGAAGGCACUGGGCCUUUGGAAACUAGAUUCCAACAUGCAGUCUCCAAGCACAGGUUGGGCCUCUGUGGUACAGCCGCAGGUAGCUAUUGUCUGCUCCAUUCAUGCCUGGCCCGUUGGGUUCUGACACUUUGCUAGUGCAAUUAUCGGGCUACGAUUUGUGACUGCAGAUGUAUUGGAGGACUUGGGUGCUCUUUCUCGAACAAGGAAGCAAAGUUCAGCUCCUACUUAGGAAAGAGCAAAGCAGAGAUGGGAAAAAAAUAUGCUUAUUUCAGUAACCAUAACUUAAUGCAGACUGGAACAUUAUGCAUAUGCUGACAGCACAGUCACCAGCCAGCUAACAAACACACCUACUUUGCAGCGCUUGUGAACUUUUCACUCAACAGACAGGCUCCUCCAACCAGUGAGCCAACAUGCAUGUCCUUUAGCUCAUACAAAGGAGAGCCCAGAUACUCAGGGGCAUGCCUGACAUGUCCCAGCCCACUGGGUGCGACUGGAUUUGCAGACAACUGCCUUGUUCCACGCAUUUCCCAUCAGCACUUGUUCUGGUGUCCUGUGCACAUGCACGAUCACAUCACUCCACAGGUAACCCACAGGAAUGUAACAUGAGGCAAUGUAAGAUUGUCAACAUAAGAUUCAUAAUGUUUAGCUUUAAAAACUCAGGCUGUUGCCCUCUAGUGCUGGGGGAGGUCAGCUAUCAAUAAAAAUGCAGUGGCCCUUGUUACAACAGGUUCUCCACAGUGCCAGGGAAGAAGGGUUUCUAUUGGUCUCCCAUAGGGAGAUGAGCAGUAUAGGACUUCCCUUGCUUGGAAUGAAAUGGUUCUCAUGGUCUUUGCCCCCCUAUAUUGAGUCAGAAGCUGAAGCAUGGUCAAACCUCGCUGGACUCUAGCACUGGAUAGGACCUACCCACAUCCUGUCUGUCUGAUUUUAUUCCCUACUGUGUAGGAAAGAGACAUUUCUCAUUUUAAAGGGAAAACCAGAACCUAAGAGAUUUCUUGCACAAUGGAACUAACUUCAUUUGGCCCCAGCUUGUCCAUGGUCUUUCUUUGCUCUGCUGUUAAUUCUAUGUUAUAGCUUCACCCAACAUAUUCUGCAGCCAUGGGUAAGCUUUAGCCAGGAGCUGAAGGUCAGUAAAAUGGAUGCCAGCUGGGAGAAGGGUUGCCAAAAGCACCACUUGGGUUGCUUGGAUCCCAGGCAGCUAUAUGCGGGCACCUGCCAGCAAGUGUACAGCAGAGGUGCAACGAUUAAAUGUUCCAAAUCCCUUUCUUUCCUGAUAAAAGGUGGAUGCGAGAGAAAUUAGUGGAGGGAACAAGGAUAAAAACAAAGGUGGGGUAUAAUAGAGCA